AAAGCCCGCGGGGCCCCCAGACCCGCAGCUUGGAGAGGACGCGCUCUGCCCUGAGGAGCACCCUUCACUGCAUGCGGGCAGGGCACACUUGCAGGUUUCGGGAAACCGAGAAGACAUCGUCAUUUCCCAGAGCCGCGGAGCCCUCCCCCCCCCGUCACCUCCCCAAGCCCACCUGAGAGCUCUUCAGGGGGGUGCAGGGCUUGCGUCGGCUGGGGAGUUAGGACAGUGUUUUUGCCUCCUAAGAUGUUACAAGGGACUUCAACGUGAAAGGAGGGUCAACUUGUUUCAAUUCGAUCCGCGGAGAUGAAGAUGAAACAGACAGAUAACAGAUAAAUAGCUUGAUACUUGAAGAAGGUAUGAAGACAGAUGGGAGAAAGAGGAGCGAGCUGGGAGAGACAGGCAGCUCAGGGACAGAUAAGAUCGACAGAUGAGGGGGCACCUAGACAAACAGGGAGGGGAAGAGACAGACAGAAGAGGAGCCCAGUCUCUUCAAUGAAGGCUUUUGAACACGGAUCCCGUGUCUCGCAGGAGCUGCCCCUCUGAAAAUGGAUUUGCCUUUCCUGACGAGUUUAGGGGAGGGGCCCACGGGGUUGAGCUGCCUGGGCCUCAGGAGCGCCUGCAGCCGUGGGCCAGAUGAGAGCCUUUGGUGUCUGAGGACACGUGGCAGGGCCAGGCGACCUAGAGGGCCCCAAACAUCAGUCCCUGGGUCCUCCCGCUGCUGAGGUCCUCGGGAGAGGCUGCCUCCCUGCCUGGGCCAGAGAUCAAAGCGUGGGACCGGCAGCAACUUUUGACCUGGAGCCUUGUGGCUUCGGACACCGGCCAGGAUUCUUCUCAACCCGUAUGAACUGGGACAGCCCGGCUUGAAGUAUACUCAGAGAGGAGACGCCCCCAAAAGAGGAAGCCCAGAGCCCGGAGAGACUGCACUUAGCCUGAGCAGGAAAGGCAUAUCUGAAGAAGGAGGAAAACUUAGGGAAUGGGCUGUUAGAAGCAAAGAAGUGGCUCCUGAGAAACUUCCUCGAGAACCCCUCUGUCCCCACGCGCUAACCCGGAUGGAAACCGGCUUUGGUCCGGAACGCAGCUAAAAAUGCAGAAAAUGUGGUUAGGAACUGCGUGACCCUGGUUCCACUGAUGGCUGGGGAAAAAAACGGUUUGUAUUUCCAGCCGGAAUCUUUCUGCUCAACGAAAGCGAGGCUCAGGGCGUGAGAGGAGAAGCUCGGAUUUGUGGAAACCAGUGCUGUUAUUCCGGGGAACCGGCUUGGCACGGAACUGGGUGCGGUGGGGGCCGCCCUGGGGCUAGGCGCGCGCAGAGUGCUUUGGAGAGCCGGGUUCAGCACCGCGAACAGCGGUCGUCUCAGCCUCCUUCCCCCCGCCUCCCCCCGCCCACGGCCUCGAGACCCUCCUCCUUCUCCUUGCCCCCCCCGCCCCCUGCUGUCUGGAGAUGGGCAGUGACCGCCCCUCCCCUGUCCGUACCCCUCCCAGCGCCUCCCCCGCCCGCCCGCGUGCAUGCGCGACUGAGCAGAGGGGCAGCCUGUCCCCGAAGUCCGGGCUUCAGGACCCGGGCGGGUAGGGCAGGCUGCGAGGGUAGCCAAAGGCGCACGGAUCUGGACGUUGGGAAGCCUGGGUUAGGCAAUGGCUUUGCUGUGUGGCCUUGGGCAAGUCACUCUCCGUCUCUGGGCCCCACUUCCUCCACAAUCCGAAAACAAAAUUGGGUUCCUAGCUGCCGGGGCAUUCUUGAGGAGCGGCGGCAUGGAGGCUCUCACCACUCAGCUGGGGCCGGGGCGCGAGGGCAACUCCUCACCCAAUUCGAAGCAGGAGCUGCAACCCUACUCGGGCUCCAGCGCUCUCAAACCCAACCAGGUGGGCGAGACGUCGCUGUACGGGGUGCCUAUCGUGUCUCUGGUCAUCGACGGCCAGGAGCGCCUUUGCCUGGCGCAGAUCUCCAACACUCUCCUCAAGAACUACAGCUACAAUGAGAUCCACAACCGCCGGGUGGCCCUGGGCAUCACGUGCGUGCAGUGCACGCCAGUGCAGCUGGAGAUUCUGCGUCGGGCCGGGGCCAUGCCGAUCUCCUCGCGCCGCUGCGGUAUGAUCACGAAGCGCGAGGCCGAGCGCCUGUGCAAGUCGUUCCUGGGAGAGCAUAAGCCACCCAAGCUGCCCGAGAACUUCGCCUUCGAUGUGGUGCACGAGUGCGCGUGGGGCUCGCGUGGCAGCUUCAUCCCCGCGCGUUACAACAGCUCGCGUGCCAAGUGCAUCAAGUGCGGCUACUGCAGCAUGUACUUCUCGCCCAACAAGUUCAUCUUCCACUCGCAUCGCACACCCGACGCCAAGUACACGCAGCCCGACGCCGCCAACUUCAACUCGUGGCGCCGUCAUCUCAAACUCAGUGACAAGUCGGCCACAGACGAACUGAGCCACGCUUGGGAGGACGUCAAGGCCAUGUUCAACGGAGGCACCCGCAAGCGGACUUUCUCGCUGCAAGGAGGCGGCGGCAGCGCUAAUGGCGGGUCGGGUGGGCAGGGGAAGGGGGGUGCUGGCGCCGGGGGCGGCCCGGGCUGCGGGGCAGAGAUGGCCCCAGGCCCGCCGCCCCACAAAACCCUGCGCUGUGGCGAAGACGAGGCCACCGGGCCUCCUGGGCCGCCUCCUCCCCAUCCGCAGCGGGGACUUGGUCUAGCGGCGGGAGCCGGCGGCCCGCCGGGCCCUGGAGGGCCUGGUGGCGGCGCCGGCGUACGCAGCUACCCCGUGAUCCCUGUGCCCAGCAAGGGCUUUGGCCUCUUGCAGAAACUGCCCCCGCCGCUUUUCCCUCAUCCCUAUGGCUUCCCCACGGCCUUCGGCCUCUGCCCCAAAAAGGACGACCCGGUGCUAGGCGCGGGCGAGCCCAAGGGAGGCCCAGGCACCGGGAGCGGCGCGGGCGCGGGCCCUGGCGGAGGCGCGGGCGGGCCCGGAUCCGGCCACUUGCCCCCCGGGUCAGGCCCUGGCCCGGGCGGCGGCGCCAUGUUCUGGGGUCACCAGCCCUCUGGGGCAGCCAAGGACGCAGCGGCCGUGGCUGCAGCGGCCGCCGCCGCCACCGUGUACCCGACGUUUCCCAUGUUCUGGCCGGCGGCAGGCAGCCUCCCGGUGCCGCCCUAUCCAGCUGCGCAGAGCCAAGCCAAGGCCGUGGCGGCCGCCGUGGCGGCGGCGGCGGCGGCGGCGGCGGCGGCUGCCGGCGGCGGCGGCCCUGAGUCGCUGGACGGUGCCGAGCCGGCCAAGGAGGGCGGCCUGGGCGCAGAGGAGCGCUGUCCUAGCGCGCUGUCCCGCGGGCCGCUGGACGAGGAAGGCGCUGACGAGGCGCUGCCGCCGCCUCUGGCCCCACUGCCCCCGCCACCUCCGCCCGCCCGCAAAGGCUCCUACGUGUCGGCCUUCCGACCUGUGGUCAAGGACGCCGAGAGCAUCGCCAAGCUCUACGGUAGCGCCCGCGACGCGUACGGCGCCGGGCCUGCUCGGGGGCCGGGGCCGGGCGCGGGGGCCGGCGGCGGCUACGUGAGCCCAGACUUUCUGAGCGAGGGCAGCUCCAGCUACCACUCCGCCUCGCCCGACGUGGACACUGCCGACGAGCCCGAGGUGGACGUGGAGUCCAACCGCUUCCCCGACGAUGAGUGCGCUCCAGACGACGCCGAGCCGGGCGUACCCAGUGCGCCCAGCGCGGGAGGCGGCCCGGACGCCGACCAGCCCGCCGGGCCCCCGUCUACCACCUCCUCGGGCGCCGACGGUCCCACAGACUCCCCAGACAGCGGCAGCCCCCGUCCCCGGCGCCGCCCAGGGCUGCCAGCAGCCAGCCGGUCAACAUUUGGGGACCUGGCGGCCGACGACGGGGUGCGGAGACCUGAGAGGAGCCCGCCGAGCGGCGGCUAUGAGCUGCGAGAGCCUUGCGGGCCGCUGGGGGGCCCCGCGCCGGCCAAGGUGUACGCGCCAGAGCGGGACGAGCAUGUGAAGAGCGCGGCGGCGCUGGGGCCCGCGGCCUCCUACCUCUGCACCCCCGAGGCCCACGAACCAGAUAAGGAAGACAAUCACUCGACCGCCGACGAUUUGGAAACGAGGAAAUCCUAUCCAGACCAAAGGAGUAUCUCCCAACCAAGUCCCGCAAAUACAGACCGAGGUGAAGAUGGGCUCACCCUGGAUAUCACAGGAACUCAGCUAGUGGAGAAAGAUAUCGAGAACCUGGCCAGAGACGAAUUGCAAAAACUGCUCCUGGAGCAAAUGGAGCUCCGCAAGAAACUGGAGCGAGAAUUUCAGAGUCUCAAAGAUAAUUUUCAGGAUCAAAUGAAGAGGGAAUUGGCUUAUCGAGAAGAAAUGGUGCAGCAGCUGCAAAUCGUCAGAGACACACUGUGUAACGAACUCGACCAAGAGCGGAAGGCGCGCUAUGCCAUCCAGCAGAAAUUAAAAGAAGCCCACGACGCCCUGCACCACUUCUCCUGCAAGAUGCUGACGCCCCGCCAUUGCACGGGCAACUGCUCCUUCAAGCCCCCGCUCUUGCCCUAGGGCCGGCCCGGCCGCGCCCACGCGCCCUCAAGCCAUGCUGCUCUCUUCUUGUAAAUACCCGCGGCCGCGGCGGCCGAGAGCGAGGAACAAGCCAUUCGGAUACGACCGAUGUACAUACAGCCUCCCGCCCGCCCGCCCUCCGCCAGGGCGCCUCGGCCCAGGGCCCCUUCUCCGUUUCCAAGUGUAAAUACCACCUCGCCCCACGGUUGAACUCCAGGGCAUCGGACCUCAUGGGGUUAACUGGACCGAAGGGGGUAAGAAAGGGGAAAGGGGGGGCCUCCCCCGCCCCACACAGCCUCGGAUCCCCAGUUGUGUACACACUGUAGCAACUUCGCGGGCGCUGGCCCCGCGGCUCCCCCGUCCCGUCCACUUCUGAAACUUGUUCCUAAUGACAAAGUGGCUAUGUGCAAUGGAUAUAAAUGUACUGUGAGUCUCUCUUGGUUCAGUAUUGGGUUCCGUUUGAUUUAUGCUGUAAAUUAUUUUGCUUCCUUCUCCUGGACCUACUUCCAGUCCCAUUUUGCAUUCCCCUUUGGGUUUUGUUUUGUCUAUUUUUUUUUUUUUUCUUGUUAACCUCUUGAUGUAACAGCACUUUAAAAAGGGCAACAACUGACUCACGAGAUGGAGACCACCUUGAGCCUGUUUGGGGAGACCACCCUGUA